GCCGUAUCCAGUGGUUCUAGCGUCCAUCUGGAACUCGAUCGCAUGGUACGCCUCUGACCAGGAUCUGGUGGCAAGCUGCUUAGUGGUGGCCACGAGACAGAAACCGGAUGGGAGACGCCCGUUGGCAAAUGAGGAGGCAUUGAUAUCAUGCUUGGAGGUCCCUGCAUUGGCGGAUGAGUCUGUGUGGUGCAGACGUUGCCAUGAAUGACGGUUGCUCGACGCUAUCAGCAUAGGAAUGGGGCCGCUAGUCGAAGCGACCAACGAGAAAUGCUGCCCCGGCAAAUGUCUCGCUAACGCUGCCGUAGCGUUUGCGCAAUCCCCGCAUUCCCACGCGUCUCUGGGGAGGCUUGGGUGUUGUGCCUGGUGCUUGUGCUUGUACUUGGUGCUGGGGCUGGUGCUGGUGCUGGUGCUGGUGCUUGAUGCUUGAUUCGAUUUGACUGCCGAGGAUAAAUCAAGCAAUGGAGAGAUCAUCCUCGGCGUGUCCGAGAGCGAUGAGGUU